CCAAAAGAGUAAAGGGAAGCUAAAGAGAACUCGAAGACGCAAUGGCGAGAAUCAAGGUUCAUGAGCUGAGGGAGAAAUCAAAAGCUGAUCUUUCGACUCAGUUGAAGGAAUUUAAGGCGGAGCUUGCUCUUCUUCGUGUCGCCAAGGUCACUGGAGGUGCUCCCAACAAGCUCUCUAAGAUCAAGGUGGUGAGGAAGUCGAUUGCUCAGGUGUUGACAGUGAUCUCACAGAAACAAAAGUCUGCUUUGAGAGAGGCAUACAAGAACAAGAAGCUUUUACCUCUCGAUCUUCGUCCCAAGAAGACUAGAGCUAUCAGGAGGAGACUCACCAAGCAUCAGGCAUCAUUGAAGACAGAGAGGGAGAAGAAGAAAGAAAUGUACUUUCCGAUAAGAAAGUAUGCUAUUAAGGUGUAAGCUUUUAUCUUAAUCACAUCAAAUUUUUGUGUUUUGAAUUUUAGCUCUUUUGUGAGUUUUUGCUUGUUAUUCUUACUUGUUAAAGAUAUUGAAAGCUCAUCUUAAUGAAAGAUUGUUUCAGAA